GCUCUAUCCAAGGGGAGGUAAGUGUUGCCGUAUAAAAGUCUGUCUCCGGGCCAACCUAGAACAUUCUGGCAGUGUUAGGAAGAUGACGUCGGACAAGCAGAAGGAAGCAGUGAUUGAGAAAGAUAAAGGCAAUGCCUUUUACAAGAAAAAAGAAUUCGAUAAAGCGCUGGAACAUUAUGAAGCCGCUCUGAAAUUAGAUCCAACCAACAUUUCAAUCAUGACCAAUCGUGCAGCCGUUUACUUCGAACAGAACAAGCUGGAUGAUUGCAUCAAAGAAUGUGAGAAGGCCAUUGAGGUGGGUCGUGAAAACCAUUCGCCGUUCAAUGUGAUUGCCAAAGCGUUUUGCCGCAUCGGCAACGCUUACCUGAAGAAAGACAACCUGGAGAAGGCGCUCACCUAUUACAAUAAGUCCCUCUCUGAGCAUCGAGUGCCCGAAGUUGUGAAGAAGGCACAGAACGUGGAGUGCAUGAUCAAAGAGAGGGAACGGCUUGCCUAUAUUAACCCGGAAAUCUCUUUGCAGGAGAAAAGCAAGGGCAACAAGAUGUACCAGGAUGGCAACUUCCCGGAAGCUAUCAAACAUUAUAAUGAAGCAAUUCUCCGCAACCCGGAGGACGCAAAAAUCUACAGCAACCGGUCGGCUUGUUACAUGAAGUUGAUGGAGUAUUCGUUGGCCUUGAAAGAUGCCGACGAGUGCAUAAAAAGGGAUAUGACUUUCGUGAAGGGUUACCUGAGGAAAGGUGCCACAUUGUUGGCGCAGAAGGAAUCGACCAAGGCGGCCGACGCCUACUCGAAAGCUCUGGAACUCGACCCGCAAUGCCAAGAAGCGAAGGAAGGUUACCAGAAAUCGGUGAUGAGUCAAGGCAACGACAUCGACAGUGUCAAGAAGAGAGUGAUGAACAACCCCGAAGUGCAAAACAUUCUGUGUGAUCCUGCCAUGCGGGCGAUCCUUCAACAGAUGCAAGAGAAUCCCAAGGCAAUCAGUGAACAUCUGUCCAACCCUGAAAUCAGGGACAAGAUUGACAAACUCAUGGAAUGCGGCAUUAUCGACAUUCGCUGAUUUCCUUUCUUUUUCUUUUUAUAUAUUUUCUUGUCCCCCCCCCCAUGUUUUGUUUGUUUAUACAUACACACACACCUCAAACACACCUUUUAUAAAUACCCUGUCUGAAUGCACUUUCAACAUACACUUGCCUCUACAUAACACAUCUACUCAACUAUUUCUAUCUCACACGCUACUUACAUUCAUCUAUGUCCUUUUUUUCUUUCCCUUCUUCUCACAUUAUAAAUCAAACCAACAAAAAUAGCCACCACCACAACAAUGGUUACACAAAGUCCACGCUUUUAAUGUUUUCUCCAAGCUGCCAUGUUCAUUAAGAUUUGCCAUUAUUAGAAUUAUUUAGAAAAAAAAAAAGGCUCUCAAGAAGAACCUGAAAAACACAUCCCCAACAUCGCCUGUCUUUAUUACACCAUGAGGCGACAUGUUUUGUGUUGUAAUGACUAAUUGUUAUUAUUCGUUCAUGAUUAUUGAUGAUAAAUGAAAUAGCCGAGGGGAUAAGUUUGUGGGGGACUUGUAUUUCUUGGUCAUGAGUUCAAAUCUCUUUACAGACGGUUCUAUUUUGAUGCUAGCCUCCGACGGUUAAAUCGUCCUAAAUGAAAUCUCAUUGUUCAGUGUCCGGGUUACACAAUCCCUGGAUGUAGAUAAAAUGAAAUGACAGAAACAUUACAUCUUUCCAAAAUUAAUUAUUAAGUACGAUUGAGGGGACAGUGUUUACCAAAUACACAUUUGGUUCACUUACCUCAGCACCAAACACAGCUUUCACUCGUCGCUUAAAGACCCCCUACUCUUUUAUUCCUUGCUGGUCCUUAAGUUACCUUAACUGAUACUGCUGUGCUUAAUGGGCUGCAAAUAUAUACACAUACUCUCGUCCGCGUCUGUAUGUGUGUGUGUGUGUGUGUAUAUAUACAUACGUAUACACAAACACUCGGUUAUUAAGUAUUAGACUUAUGGACGAUCUUACAUGGAAUACGAAACAUUUCAAUCCACACACACAUGUACACAGAGCAAUAAAUACUUCCUGUGUGUCUAGGGUUUGCCCUCUUAUAUUGAGUCAUGCUAACGAUGAUACCACCUCAAGUGUCCAACCCUCCGCAUUAUUAUUAUUAUUACUACAAUGAAUAUUUUGUAUGAGAAUCAACACCACCAUUUGCUGCUAUUGGACAUUAUUACAAGACCAAACAACAACAACAAUUAGAUCCGAUCAUAAUUAGAAGUGAUUAUAUAAAACCAGUCAGCGUGUGAAUGUAUAAUUCUUGCUCCUCCUCCUCAUCUCUUUUCCUGUAUUGGAUGUAUUCAGUAUGAGAAUCAACAAAUACACAAGUUUAGAAAUGA